AAAACACCAUAAACGAGACAAAACACGUUUGUGAACCACAUGUCUUGUUGGGACGGUGCCACGGCGAACACCGGUGCCGUCCAUUAGACUAGAAAAUUAGAUAAAAGAGAGAGAAAACUCCCAAAAAUUCUCUUUUCCAUUUUCCCCAACCCAAUCUGAUCUGAGAAACGAAAAAAGCUCCUAAAUGUUGUUUUCGGAGGACAUCUUGGUGGAGAUUCUGAAACGGCUGCCGGCGAAGUGUCUGGUGCGAUUCAGGUGCGUAUCGAAGGCAUGGCGGUCUCUGCUGACGAGUCGCGGCUUCGUCAGAGCGCAUCUGAGGAGGAUUCGAUCGGAAUCUCACCUAGGUAUGGCUUCCAGCAUAAUCCUCGCCCGCUAUGGCGAUUCUCUUUUAUCGAUGGACCCACACAAGGAAGAUUCUCCUCAACAAGCGGCGGAGCUCGAUUUCCCCAUGCUUCCGUACUUCCCGUACUACGUCAAGGGCCACUGCGACGGCCUCCUCUGCGUCGUCAUGAAUGACGGCGCUCAGGGAUUCCUCCUCCUCUACAACCCUUCCAUCAACGAGUACAGGAAGAUGCCUCUCCCUCCCAAUUUCCGCAGCACCAGGGAGGUUUUCGGCCUGGGGUUCGAUUCAUCGACUCAGGACUACAAGAUCGUGCGAUUCCCUUCCAUGUAUUGCCGCAUGAAGGUCCCGAAUUUCGUCCCCAAGAUCGAGGUCUUCAGUCUCAAGACCAAUUGCUGGAGGAAGCUUCCGGACGAGGACAGGCCGCCGUACUUCGUCGAGCACGUCUUCCAGGCCACCCACGCCAAUGGCGGCCUCUACUGGCUCGCCGAGGAGGGCGAUUCGCUCCGCUGCGUGAUCCUCCGAUUCGAUCUGGCAUCGGAGAAGUUCAGCAUCGUGCCGCCGCCGCCCGAUGAGAACAACCGGAAUAUCUCCUGGAUUGGAUCCCUGAAGGACCAGCUCUGCAUGCUCCACAGCCAGAGACUGAGCGUCGUCGAUGUCUGGGUUACGAGUGACGACAAGAAAUGGACAAAGCUAAUCAGUAUUCCGAGAUCGCAGGGGCCGAGCCAGUCGGUGUACAGCUCACGGUACACGCCGCUCUGUUUCACCAAGAAAGGUGAAUUGCUUAUGAGCGUUGGAGGAGAAGGGUUUCUUGUGUAUGAUCCGAUGGAGAAAACUUUCAAGAACCUUGAGGUCAGAGGGGCCGAGCAUCAUCUGCAGGAGACGGUGAUUUGUGAGAGCUUGGUUUCGCCAUAUUUCGGCGUUCGCAAUCGCAGUCGGAGUUAUCAGUCGGCGUUUGAUGACGAAGAAGGAUGGCUGGCGGAUCCCACAUCCAAUAGCAGCAUCAGGCAGCUGAUUAUGGGACUCAGGCGGGGACUUGCUUUCAAGAGUAGCCGGAGUAAGCAACGAUGAGAAUGAAAGAACACUCUUUUUUACCUCUUUAGCAUGCGCUUGUUGUGAUUUGAAAGGUAUACUUUGUGAUAUAUCUGACCCUUUUAUAGAAUCUGCUUGUUGCUUCGGUACUUGCCCUCGUAGAAGAAAGAAUUUUUGUUGUUGUCGACUAAAAGAUUCGACUGAAAGAAACAGACUUACAAACUGUUGUAUAUAAUGUUUUCGUUUGACUUGUACAAACUUGUGUGUCUACAAAUACUUUCAUGUUGCGUUU